CGGCGGAAGGGGCGGAGCCUCGCGCCAUGCCGUGCGCCCGCGCCGGGGGGCGGCUGCUCUUCGCGGGAGCCUCGCGCCGACACCGGGUCUCCGGCCCGGCUCUCCCGCCCCCGUCCCUCUCCGAGCGGCUCCGGCUCUUCCAGCAGCUGCGGGCGGCGCAGGAGCAGCGCGAUGGACCCGGCCGCCUCCCCCCGGGGACCCCCAUCCGCAUCGCCCUGCCCGGGGGGGGCCGCCUGGCCGGCCGGGCCCUACAGACCACCCCCUUCCAGGUGGCCGCGCAGCUGGGCGGGGGCCUGGCGGAGGCGGCGCUGGUGGCCCGGGUGAACGGGACCCUCCAGGACCUCGACCGGCCCCUGGAGAGCGACGCCGACCUGGAGCUCCUCGACUUCUCCACGCCGGAGGGACGGGCGGCUUUCUGGCGAUCCGGCGCCUGCGUCCUGGGCGCGGUGGCGGAGCGGUUUUACGGGGCGACGCUGUGCAGCGCGCGGGCCACGGAGGACGGCUUCUUCUGCGACGUCCACAUGGGCGACAGGACGGUGCAGCGCGACGAGCUGCCGGCGCUGGAGGACGCUUGCGUGGCUUUCGCCCGCGCCGGGCAUCGCUUCGAGCGCCUGGAGGCCACCCGGCAGCAGCUGGCCGAGCUCUUCGGGCACAACAGCUUCCAGCUGCAGCAGAUGGAGGAGGAGGUGACGUCCCCUACGGCCACCGUCUAUAGGUGCGGCCCCCUGCUCCAGCUCUGCCGCGGCCCCCUCCUCCGGCACACGGGGCUGAUCGCGGCCCUCCGCGUCCUGACGAGCUCGGCAGCGUUUUGGCAAGGGGCCGGGGGUCGCCGGUCGCUGCAGCGCGUCGCCGCCGUCGCCUUCCCCAGUGCCCAGGAUUUGGCCGACUGGCAGCGGGCGCAGGAUGAGGCCGCCCUGCGGGAUCAUCGCCGCAUCGGUCGGGAGCAGGAACUUUUCUUUUUCCACAAGCUCAGCCCCGGCAGCUGCUUCUUCCUGCCGCGCGGCGCCCACAUCUACAACACCCUCGUCGACUUCAUCAGGAGCGAGUACCGGGCGAGGGGUUUCUCCGAGGUGGUGACCCCCAACGUGUUCAGCCCGCGGCUCUGGGAGCUCUCGGGGCACUGGGACCACUACAGCACCCACAUGUUCUCCUUCGCCGUCGGCACCGAGACCUUCUCCCUCAAACCCAUGAACUGCCCGGCGCACUGCCUGAUGUUCGCUCACCGGCCGCGGUCGUGGCGGGAAUUACCGUUACGCUUGGCGGAUUUUGGGGUGUUGCACCGUAACGAACCCCCCGGUACUUUAACGGGGUUGACCCGAGUGCGGCGAUUCCAGCAGGACGACGCUCACAUCUUCUGCGCCAUGGAGCAGCUGGAGGACGAGAUCGACUCCUGCCUGGAUUUUAUCCGGACCGUUUACGCCGUGCUCGGCUUCUCGUUUCGCUUGGCGCUUGCCACUCGCCCCCCGGGAUUUUUAGGGGACCCCGAGACUUGGGACCGCGCUGAGCAGCAUCUGGAGCGGAGUCUCCGAGUUUUCGGGGAGCCCUGGGAGCUGAGUCCGGGCGACGGCGCCUUUUACGGCCCUAAAAUCGAUAUCCGGAUCCGGGAUGCGCUGGGACGGCAGCAUCAAUGCGGCACCAUCCAGCUGGAUUUUCAGAUGCCGGAGAGAUUUGGGUUGGAGUACGCCAGUGCGGCGGGGGGGUCGGUGCGGCCGGUGCUGAUCCACCGAGCGGUGCUGGGCUCCGUGGAACGUAUGGUGGCCGUGCUGACCGAGAGCUGCGGCGGCCGAUGGCCGUUCUGGCUGUCCCCGCUGCAGGCCAUCGUCAUCCCGCAGGCGCCCGAAGUCGAGGACUACGCCCGGGAGGUGCAGGCGGUGCUGCGGGGGGGCGGCGUGGUGGCCGACCUGGACGGGGACACGGGGGCCACCCUGGCCAGGAAGAUUCGCCGGGCACAGCUCGCCCACUACAACUUCCAGCUGGUCGUGGGCCGCCGGGAACGCGCCCGCCGCACCGUCAGCGUCCGCACGCGGGACAACCGGCAGCUGGGGGAGCGCGACCUGCACCGGGUGCUGCAGCGGCUGCGCGAGCUGCGCGACGCCCGCGUCCCCGACGCCGAGGAAUGCUUCUGACACCCCCCCACCCGUGUCCGUGUCCCCCCCCCCCCACUCGUGUCCGUGUCCCCCUGACACCCAUUAAAGUGCUGAGACUGGG